AUGAAUUUCUUACAUUAUAAUUACAAAUUGAUGAAGGUGGGGAAUUUAAUUCCUCUUUCAAGAAAUUGCGGGUUUCCAAAAAAAUUAUUGUUUCAUUUAUUGAGAAUCGUUUGCUUGGCUUUCGCGACUUGGUACCUUUUGAUGUCGAUCUUUUAUUUCGCUUACGUCGAUCGAUCCACCACCGAAGCCCUUUUAAAGUUCACGAAUGGCGUCGUCUACAUUGGAAUUGUAAUCCGAAUGGUGUUAUAUUACGGGUACGAUUACAAAACGAUCAAAAUAAUCAACUACGUAAACGAACAUUUCAAAAAAUCCUCCAACACCGGACUUAAAGAAAUUUCAAUAAACAAUUUAAUAAACGCCGCAAAUUUUGUGUCAUUAACCCAAACGGUUGUGUCGUUUAUAGCCGGGAUCGUUUUCGCUUUUGUUCCCGUGAUUUACAGGAAAGAACCGAUUUCUUUAUGGUAUCCAUACGACGCUAAUUCAUCGCCUUAUUACGAAUUAUCCCACAUUUACCAAAUAAUAUGUCAAUUUAUAAUUUGUUAUUAUUACAACAUAACCGACGCAUUUUAUAUUUGCGUCGUUCUCGCGACGGCUGGGCAAUUCCAAAUUUUAUCUUGGGAAAUGGAAAAUGUGUGUUAUUCAGCUUUGAUUUCGUCGGGAUUUGACGCAAAAACAAUCCAAUCGUUUAAACACCACAUCCCGAAUUCAAAUGAAAUCGAAAAUGGGGGAGAUUUUUACGAAAUUUUCGAUUUUAUGCAAACUCAGCAAUUUCGAGAUGUUUUAAAAAUGAAAAUCGUCCAGAUUAUUGAGUAUCACAAGAACGUUUUGACUUUGUGCGAUUUUCUCGAAAAUUUCCUCUCCGUUGGGUUGCUUUUAAUGUUUUUGAGCAUUUUGGGGAAUUCGGUGUUUAUCAUGUUCGGGUUGAGCGUGACGGAAUCUUUGGCGAAUCGCUCCCAAAUGGUGACUUAUUUUUUAGCCUCGGCCAUUCAAAGCUUUUUGGCGGCCUUCACCUCCGAUUAUCUCCUCCAAGAAAGCCGAAAAUUGCAAUUUUCGCUUUAUUCGACGCCUUGGUAUCUUUGCCCGAGGGAAACUAAAGCUUUAUUUCUCCUGGUUCAUCUAAAUUUGCAGAGAGAUAUUGGAAUUUCGCUCGGAAAAUUUGUAAUGUUCGAUUUGGGGGCUUAUAGCUGGGUAGAAAAUCCAAGAAAAUGA